AUGAAUCGCAAUAGACAGAGCGGUCAGGGCCAACAAGGAAAUCAUGGAGGUCAUGGACGAGGCAGGCACCAGCCUGACGAACCAGUCGAGUCUCCUAUUCAGCUUGAUUGGUUGAACAUCAUGUUGCUCGACCUGGAGGCUCGAGAGCGAGUCACUCGGCUCUCUUCGCUACCUUUCGACGAGUCUCGCUGUUUGGAUUGGGACACCGUGCACGCUGUUCGUGUUUCCAACUCCAUUCAUGACAUGCUCGGUAAUGGUGCAUGGCGGGUCGUGUUUGACCUCAAUGAGAUCAUCUACAGGGAGCUCACUUUGGAGUUCUUAGCCUCUUUCACCCUCACCAAGGCCGCUUUGAAGCAAUUCUCCUUGCCCAAUGGGAUUACCUUUCGGCUUGGUGGCCAGCUUCACACAAUGUCUCUUACCUAG